GCAUUUUUCCUCUGGCUGGCCGCUUUGAUUCUGGAAUGAUGAAAGGUCAGAGGAGUCAUCCGAGAGGUCACAAAAAUAGCAGUCGCUUCUAAGGGAGCGGCAGCUCCACCUGCCGCGGCAGCCUGGCAGCCUCAGCUGCUUCACAGCGGGCCGGCGGCUCGGACGCUGGGGUGGAGUGAAGGAAUGAGAAUGCUUGGCUGCCCUUGGACAACAGGGACUGUGAGGGCAUCCCGGACCCACCCGUCAAUCGUGAUGGACACUGGGUGGAAUCCUCAGAGAUGGGGGCAGCUUUCGGACACCUCUGCCUGCCUCAGAACCCCGGCUUUCUGGUUGCUUGUUCUAGAUCAGUUUCUGGGUAAACUUGUCCUCUUAACUCCUAGUUAUUGUCCCUGGUACAACCAGAAAAAUUUCCAUUUGAUUCAGUGCAAGGCCACAUUUCAGAAGCUUUCGGUAAUUUUUGAAUUUAUUGGUUUAAUUUCCACGCCACUUAAAAGCAGUUAUUUCUGCCUGAGGAAUGAUGAGUUUAGGAUGCAGGCAGGUUCUUCUUACUUUCUGUGAGUGAAACAGGACAAGAGCAUAUAACCCUCUUAGAUGAUGGAUGUUAGGAACCCAAUUCUGAAGAGUACCGACUACCUGAUUAUGUGGUCCUGAUGCUUGAGGAUCCUCGGAGAACUGUUGGUGGAGAAGCCAGAUCCUCACUUCAUUAUUCAUCGCACAAUCAACCAGUGAACUUCUUGUGUAUCAUUUAAUACUUUUGAAAUGACUUUUCCGGACAUCUGUUAUUUAGAAGCAGACCAAUAGAACGGGCUCCAUGGUGCUUGCUUUUGGCUGUCCUGUAUGUCUAGCCUGAGCAGAGGACCUGCUGAUAAAAAGGACUGUAAGACGACAGCAUUCCUCAGCGGAUGAACAAAUGAAUGAAUGUACGUCAUCGCUGCCGUCGAGCAUCUGCCCUGUUACUGCCUAUGAGUGGAGUGUCACCACCGAGCUGACUUACCGCCACAGCAGUCCCCGUGUGGGUUUUCCUGCCUCUAGUACGGCUUGGCUAGCUGCCACCGCUGGUCCAGGCCAUCUUCAGUGGUGAUCCAGAAGAGAUUCGCAUGCUCAUCCACAAGACCGAAGAUGUGAACGCACUGGAUUCCGAGAAACGAACCCCGCUCCAUGUGGCUGCAUUCCUGGGAGAUGCAGAGAUCAUCGAACUCCUGAUUUUGUCAGGAGCUCGAGUCAAUGCCAAGGACAACAUGUGGCUGACCCCACUGCACCGCGCGGUCGCUUCCAGAAGUGAAGAGGCAGUACAAGUAUUGAUUAAACACUCGGCCGAUGUCAAUGCGAGAGACAAGAAUUGGCAGACCCCCCUCCACGUGGCAGCAGCCAAUAAGGCUGUCAAGUGUGCAGAAGUGAUCAUCCCACUAUUGAGCAGUGUCAACGUCUCUGACCGAGGAGGACGCACAGCCUUGCACCAUGCAGCUCUGAAUGGACACAUGGAGAUGGUCAAUCUACUCUUGGCCAAAGGGGCAAACAUCAAUGCAUUUGACAAGAAGGACCGGCGUGCUCUGCACUGGGCAGCGUACAUGGGCCACCUGGAGGUUGUGGCCCUGCUUCUUAACCACGGCGCUGAAGUUGGCUGCAAGGAUAAGAAGGGCUACACCCCGCUGCAUGCUGCAGCCUCCAAUGGGCAGAUCAACGUUGUCAAGCAUCUCCUGAACCUGGGGGUGGAGAUUGAUGAAAUCAAUGUAUACGGAAACACAGCACUGCACAUUGCCUGCUACAACGGCCAAGAUGCUGUCGUGAACGAGCUCAUCGACUAUGGUGCUAAUGUGAACCAGCCCAACAACAGUGGCUUCACCCCGCUGCACUUUGCAGCGGCGUCCACUCAUGGUGCUCUGUGUCUGGAACUGUUAGUAAACAAUGGGGCCGAUGUGAACAUUCAGAGUAAGGACGGCAAAAGUCCCCUGCACAUGACGGCUGUCCAUGGAAGGUUCACGCGGUCACAAACCCUCAUCCAGAACGGAGGCGAAAUCGACUGUGUGGAUAAGGAUGGCAACACCCCCCUCCACGUGGCUGCAAGAUACGGUCACGAGCUUCUGAUUAACACCUUAAUAACUAGCGGAGCCGACGCAGCCAAGUGUGGAAUCCAUAGCAUGUUCCCCUUACAUUUAGCCGCCCUAAAUGCUCACUCCGACUGCUGCAGGAAGUUAUUAUCAUCCGGACAAAAGUAUAGCAUAGUAUCCUUGUUUAGUAAUGAGCGCGUGCUGUCUGCAGGCUUUGAAAUAGACACCCCAGAUACGUUUGGAAGAACGUGCCUUCACGCCGCUGCCGCAGGAGGCAAUGUAGAAUGUAUAAAACUCUUGCAGAGCAGUGGAGCAGAUUUUCACAAAAAGGACAAAUGUGGGAGGACCCCUUUGCACUAUGCCGCUGCAAACUGUCAUUUCCACUGUGUUAAGGCGUUAGUGACCACGGGAGCCAACGUUGAUGAGGCAGACGGCUGGGGCCGGACCGCGCUGCACUAUGCUGCUGCAUCGGACGUGGACAGAAAUAAGAUGAUCUUAGGAAACGCCCAUGACAAUUCUGAAGAACUGGACAGAACCAGAGAAAUGAAGGAAAAAGAAGCUGCACUCUGCCUAGAGUUUCUGCUUCAAAAUGAUGCAAACCCAUCCAUCCGGGACAAGGAAGGCUACAAUAGCAUCCAUUACGCUGCCGCCUACGGCCACAGACAAUGUCUAGAACUGCUUUUGGAAAGAACCAACACUGGUUUUGAAGAAUCAGAUUGUGUUGCUCCCAAGAGUCCACUCCACUUAGCGGCUUACAAUGGGCACCACCAAGCCUUGGAGGUCCUUCUCCAGUCACUAGUGGACCUGGACAUGAGGGACGAGAAAGGCCGGACGGCGUUGUACCUAGCUGCUUUCAAGGGCCACACAGAAUGUGUGGAGGCUCUUGUUAACCAGGGCGCGUCCAUCUUUGUGAAAGACAAUGUCACCAAAAGAACUCCACUUCAUGCCUCAGUUGUUAACGGUCACACGCUGUGUUUACGACUACUACUCGAAAUAGCAGACAACCCGGAAGUGGUUGAUGUGAAAGAUGGCAAGGGACAAACCCCACUGAUGCUUGCAGUAGCGUACGGACACAUCGAUGCUGUCUCACUGUUACUAGAGAAGGAUGCAAAUGUAGACGCCGUUGACAUCAUGGGGUGCACAGCCUUACAUAGAGGGAUCAUGACAGGACAUGAGGAGUGUGUGCAAAUGCUCCUGGAACAAGAAGCGUCGAUCCUCUGUAAAGACUCCAGAGGGAGGACGCCCCUGCACUAUGCGGCUGCUCGGGGCCACGCCACGUGGCUGAGUGAGCUGCUCCAGAUUGCCCUUUCUGAAGAGGACUGCUGUUUCAAAGACAACCAGGGCUACACGCCGCUACACUGGGCUUGUUACAAUGGCAAUGAAAACUGCAUAGAGGUACUUCUGGAGCAAAAAUGUUUCCGGAAAUUUAUCGGCAAUCCCUUCACGCCACUGCACUGUGCAAUAAUAAAUGGUCAUGAGAACUGUGCAUCAUUGCUGCUGGGGGCCAUAGAUUCCAGCAUCGUCAGUUGUAGGGAUGACAAAGGCCGGACGACGCUCCACGCAGCAGCCUUCGGUGACCACGCGGAAUGCUUGCAGCUGCUUCUGAGACACGAUGCCCAAGUGAACGCCGCAGACAGUUCAGGGAAGACAGCGUUGAUGAUGGCUGCUGAAAACGGGCAGGCGGGCGCGGUGGAUAUUUUGGUGAACAGUGCCCAGGCUGACCUGACUGUGAAGGAUAAGGACUUGAAUACUCCCUUACAUCUGGCUAUCAGUAAAGGCCAUGAGAAGUGUGCCUUGUUAAUACUUGACAAGAUACAAGAUGAGAGCCUUAUUAACGCGAAAAACAGCGCACUGCAGACACCCCUCCAUAUCGCUGCCCGUAAUGGCUUGAAGGUGGUAGUUGAGGAGUUGCUGGCCAAAGGAGCCUCUGUACUUGCUGUCGAUGAAAAUGGUCAUACCCCGGCCCUGGCUUGUGCUCCUAACAAAGACGUGGCUGACUGCCUGGCCCUCAUUCUGGCUACCAUGAUGCCUUUUUCUCCUUCCAGCACAAUGACGGCUGUCAACUUGGUUUGUUUUAGAAAGGACAAUUUGAGCAGGACGACCCUCUCCUCCAAUCUGGGUAGCAGAGUCAGUCUGUGCAGUAACAACUUGGGCUCUGAGGAUGGGUACAAUGAAAACGAUUCUGAUUCGGAAACAUUCUAACUUGGGACUGUAAAGGCAUUUCCUCCAUUACCUGUGUUGCAGAAAGGGAUGGAAGCUUGAAUCCCAGAAUUGUGCUGUAUUCAAGUAUUUGAGGCCAAGCUUCCAGAAACCAGUAGAAAAGGAAUCCGUCUAACCAAAAGAGGGCAGCUAAGCUGUAGGCUGGAGCACACGCAGAGAGGCCUGCCUGGGUUGGGUUUUGUUGCAUAUUUUCUUUAGGUGUAAGGUACUUCUGUGAAAGCCUACCUCUGAUUUUAAGUAAGGACAAUUUCUAAGUGUUUAAUUCUUUGUCUUUGGGGAUAACGCAGCAGAGAGACAAAUGCCCAGUCUAAAGAUUUCCUUUUUCAUGUACUCACCAGUGAGUUCUGUGAGGUCUAGCAAGUGACAUUCGUGUCCCCUGGGAGGGGAGGGAAGAGCGGAUAGGAAAUGCCUGCACCCUCUUCUCACUCUGGUGUUUACUUCCUCACUAGAAGCCAAAGGUCAAAGUUCAUCUUCAGAUGUAAUGCCUAUAAUCAUCCUCUUAAGGGAGUCCACCUGACCCCGCCUCCUCAUAGGAAGCAUGUAACUACCCACAACUUCUUCCCAAGAUCUUGGCUAAAGUUGCCAGAUGAAUGUGAACCUUGACCAUGCUUUUUUGUUAAACACAAAGUAGCACCCCGGGCUCUCCUUAAGAAACCUGUGAGUAAUUUUUCAAUGGAGUAAUGGAUCCCAAAUUUAUCCAAGAGCGUUUCAGGUGAAAUUAUAUUGUGCCAAAACUUGAAACAAUAUGCAAGUCAAGUAGGAAAUUGCCGUUUAGUGGGUUUGCUCUUAAAGGAAAAUACUGACUUCUAAGGGUGUCAGGGCUGGCAUUGUCCUUCAACGGUAGAAUAGGAAAGUAACUGCUCGGUCAAGGUCCUGGCAGAGGAGUGAGUACUCCUGUAGAAGGGAGCCGAGAAGGUGAACGCAGACGGUUGAUGUGGAAGCACCAGCCAAUUGCCCGUUGUCGGUCAUGAAAUCAGCGUUGUGAAUACUGUGUCUGCUCCCUCCGCCAAAGCCUCUAGGUCAAACGGACCCCACUCUUCACCUGGAACAGCUGUACAAAAGGAAGAAUGAGACUUUAAGAAAUACGCACAUAUACACGCACACACGUGUGUGUAUUUAUGUAUGUACUCCAUCCACCAGCUACCCAUGAGGACCAAAAUGCUUCUGCCUAAAAUGGGAGAUUCUGAACUUUUUUCUUUCUAAAUGCAAGUGAGGACCGCAGUAGCUUUUCUACGGGGUUAAAAUAUCAUCGUUUUUUCGCAUACCAGUGUUGCUAGAGUCUUCCUGCCUGGCCCACAGUCAGGACAAAUCUCUCUCACCCGCCAGUCCCAAGCCGCUCAAACCCGACCAAGUAAACACAGAGACUUAUAUUGGUUACAAACUGUAUGGCCGUGGCAGGCUUCUUGCUAACUGUUCUUACAGCUUAAAUUAAUCCAUUUCUAUUAAUCUAUACCUUGCCACGUGGCUUGUGGCUUACCGGUACUUUACAUCUUCCUUAUCCUGAUGGCGGCUGGCAGUGUCUCUCUUCCCAGCUUCCUGUUCUCUCAAUUUUCCUCUCUGUUAGUCCCGCCUAUACUUCCUGCCUGGCCACUGCCAAUCAGUGAUUUAUUCAUUGACCAAUCAGCAACACAUUUGACAUACAGACCAUCCCACAGCACCUCCCCUUUUCUUUUCUUAAAAAGGAAGGUUUUAACCUUUACACAUCUCCAAAGUCAGCUUGGUAUAUUUGGGAAUUUGGGCGUAGCUUUUUUUACUACUUCCUGCUGGAGGGGGGCGCUGUAUCUUCUGGGGAAACAAAGAAAAUUUUAGAAUCAUGGAGUAGUCCGUGAGGCUGUAUCAUCUGAGCCAGUUGUCUUGAAUCGGUUCUGGAUAUUGGAUCAUCUGGGCCAUGGUGUCAUCGGAGACCUUUCAGGGGGUCUUGGCUGGUCAAACCUGAUGUAUCUUAUUCUGGAACAAAUCCAUAGCCUCUUGUUUUCUGUGGAAACAAAAGAGACUCUUUUUCAAAGCAACAUAUCCUUACAUCCAAAUUUUGAAGUCAAAGUAUCUUUAAAAUAUACGUACUGGUUUAACUCAGCUUCCUUUACAAUCAAACAUCUCUCUGUAGUUAAGAAUCCCAAAGACAACACAAUCCAGACUCUCUGUGUAAUAGUCAUCUCUACGUGGCUUAUUUUUUAUAUUAAUUUUACUGUCUCUUUAAAGACUUUAUUUUUUAAAACCAUGUAUUUGUUUCUAUACUGUAUAUAUCACCUUUUUUUGUCUCUUUCAAGCCUACGUAUAUUUUACACAUAUUUUAAACUAUUACAUCUGAAUCUGUCUUAUUGUAAACCUGUUGCUUUAAAUUGCAGCCUUCUAAGCCUGAAACGGCACUGUGGCUGCUGGCUCCGCCCAUUUUAGCUUCUCAACAUGGCGGUUCCCGCCAGCUCUGGGAACCAUCAAGUCUCAGAAAUAGUGGGUCUACGCUUUUAUCAAAGCAGUGUGUAGCCCAGAAACCUCUUUUUUUUUGUUUUGUUUUGUUUUGUACUAGCAAAGGCUAAAUUCACCACAUAGCUUAAUGUGUCACUUGCAGAGGCCUCAUUCCCGCCAUACUGCAGGUUGAGCGCGCACGCCAGCAACCCGCCAGUAGCUCAAACCGGCAGCUGCCGCUCAUUUGAGAGAGACAAUUAGGAAGCUGUUUUUAGCUCCGUUUUAGAAUCUUUUUUCUCAGGUUUUAGGUGGAAACUCUUGCCCCACGUUGGGCGCCAUUUGUUGCUAGAGUCUUCCUGCCUGGCCCACAGUCAGGACAAAUCUCUCUCACCCGCCAGUCCCAAGCCGCUCAAACCCGACCAAGUAAACACAGAGACUUAUAUUGGUUACAAACUGUAUGGCCGUGGCAGGCUUCUUGCUAACUGUUCUUACAGCUUAAAUUAAUCCAUUUCUAUUAAUCUAUACCUUGCCACGUGGCUUGUGGCUUACCGGUACUUUACAUCUUCCUUAUCCUGAUGGCGGCUGGCAGUGUCUCUCUUCCCAGCUUCCUGUUCUCUCAAUUUUCCUCUCUGUUAGUCCCGCCUAUACUUCCUGCCUGGCCACUGCCAAUCAGUGAUUUAUUCAUUGACCAAUCAGCAACACAUUUGACAUACAGACCAUCCCACAGCAUACCAGUCUUUAUUGUAGUUUAUAUUUCUAACGGCACAGAUUUCUAGUUGCUGGCUUGACAUUUGUAACUGAUGAUGUGUUGACCACAGGUUUUGGUUUUUGUGUUGUUUUCAAACUAGAGAAGAUGUCUGUAUACUUUGAUGUAAAUGUGUUUAUAUUUAUUUGAAAUGAAACAAAUGCUGAGGAAAUAUCCACUGUUUAGGCGCUCUCUCUCUCUCUCUCUCUCUCUCUCUCUCUCUCUCUCUCUCUCUCUCUCUCUCUCUCUCGUUGCUAUGUACCUUACUUAGAAUAAUAAAAUCAGUGGGAAAAUACCCCCGACUCCAGGCUAGCCAGUAGCUCUGGGGUAAGCCCAGCGUUUCCCACUAACUGCUACAGCUCACCCUCAGGUUUGUUCGCUGCUUGCCCCCAUGCUGCAGCCAUGGAGAACCCUUCUGUGAGAUGAAAACUGAUGUCGCAGGUCAUAUACACAAAGGUAGCCCAAAGAAAGACCCAGAGGCUACAAAAAAACGACACCAAAAAUGUCACAUGGUCCUGACACUUCAUGGGAACUCUGCCAAGUGUGGGCACUGUGCCAAGACAAGGAACUGAAACCAAACACACAGGCAGAGGCCCAAGUGCUGUGUUCCACAUGCGGAAGAGUCAGAAAGGAGAUCUGGAGCAGUAGGGCACCGCUUCUCAGUGUUUUACAGUAGGGUCUGUCUUCUCCCUCGAUUUUUCUACUUUAUAGUAUUCUAAGAGUUUUAAAAACAGUGCUGUAGCACAUCCGGAUGAGACCCAGACAGUAUAUGCUAUUGUUCUCGUCAAGCUUGGAGACUUCACCCUUACUAUUUUACUAUCCUGGAUUCAAUUAAAACUCACGUUGGUUCUUCACAUAUGACAACUCGUUUGGAGGUUUUUAUAGAACUGAUAUUGAUUUUAUCAAACAAAUCUUACACCAGCAACAUUUUUUUUACGUUCUUGGAGUGAAGGUGUGAUGUAUCCCUCCAUCUGUUCUUUUUGUUUAGAGCAGGUGCAUUUUUAGCAAGUAGACAGACUGCUAAUGAGCAGCAGUGACCUUAUCUUUAGGGAACCCUGCAGAUUAAGGGAGCGCUCAUGCUGAAGAAGUGUGGUGUACUGUGCUGUCCUGUUCUGGAAGUGAGUGGAAGUCUGGCUGGGUUGGCAUUUAAAGCAGGAAACGAAAUGCCUGCUCUGGUAGUGACGCAGCCGAGAGCAAGGGGAUCACUUCAGCAAAGCACUGUCCUAGCCGGAGCCAUGGUGCCACGGAGCUGCGCUGGCCUUCCCUGGAUCUUUCUGAUAGAGGGAGGACAGAGGAGCACAAUGGAAUCAAGCUUACAAAGAGCCAUUCUUCUGAGUUGGUCUGUCUGUCUGUCUUUCUCUCCUCCUCUGGCUCUGUUCUCCCCCCAGCCCCCGCCAACCCAAUAAGACCAAAUUUUUUUAAAGAAGUAACUUUUAAAAACUAUAACUUCUAUGUAUUUCAGUUGUCUCAUAAAUGUCUGCAACAUUGCUGUCUGAGAAAAAUGUUUUUUUUUUCAGUAGAGUCUGAGUUGCUCAAUGCUUUUACCUAAGUGCAUGGUUUUUAGAUUGUAUGUUAACCACAGCCACAAGGGCCAUGUUUGAUUGCACUUACCUAUUCACUGGUGUCUGCCUAGCUCUGGUCAGUUCAUUACUAUCUCCAAAUUGCCUAAAGUCCUAGUAAAUAAUAGCUCAGGGGAUUUCUAUUCAUCACUACUAAAAGGGCACCAUAGUAUGUUUUGGUACUUUGGCAGUAAGCGGCCGCGUGACUUACUGUGCCGUCUCUCUAGAACAAGCACACCGAUAGAUUCUGCUGCACUAGUUAACGCUCGUGCUGCGAGCGAGCGGCUUGGUUUGCGCAUCCGUAGCGCUGGUUGAGGAACUCAUCCCUUUGUGGUCUUGUAACAUGACGUUAGAGUGCCUUUCAUAUUUGUAUAUCCUGGAAAUGGUCCGUGAAACGUUUUGUAUUUUUUCAUUUGAGUGUUAUUGGAGCAAUAUAAUCCUAGUGAGUUUUCCUUUCUUUGAAUGUACCAAGUGUCUCCUUUCCGGUUUCUCCCCUUCUCUGCUUUGAAAUGAAAAUGCUUAAGUUUUCUAUAGGAAUUAUGUUUGGCUUUGCAGUGCUAAAAUGCUUUCUUCUUACAGAACUGUAAACCAUAGGUCAGUAUUAUAGAGGAACAGCGUUUUAAGAUAGUGACAAUCUGAGCGUGUGUGUCAAGUGUAAUUCCCUGUGUUUCCUAUGCAGUGAUUGGGGAUUCAAUGCAAGUAUCUCUUGUUUGGUAGUUUUGUCUACAGACUACGCUUUAGCAUGUGCAAUAUAUCCUUGCAAAGCACGAUGAUGCACAUCUUGUGCCAGUGUUAUAUUUUGUAUGACAUAUUUGUAACAACAUAAACUAUUAUGUGAUGAUUUCAGUGGGAUUUGUGUCUGUAUGUUUAAAAUGUAAAUUGGAGUUGAAUGACUUUGGUAAAUGUCAUGAGUGUAAAAAUGAGGAAAAUGGCUUUCAGGUCAGUGAAGGACUUUGAACCAGACUGACUCUCUCCAAGCACAGUUUAGUACUUUGCAACUACUGAAUGCUUUAAUAAUGGAAUGAAGUACUUACCUGUAAUAUACUAUGGACAUGCAUUCAGAUGGUUAUUUUUACAAAUAAAAACGGUACAAAUAUUGUUGCAA